AUGUCUUUCGAUCGAGUUCUCCCCAAACCCGCUGCUUUGCACUAUGACUCCCCUCAAGCUACUCUUCCCAGGCCGACCAGUAACCUCCUCGAGCACAAGAUCAUGAAUGAUAACGUCUCUAAGGUGUCCAUGCUGGACCGUCAUUUGGAGGGGAUUCCUGUGGGGAGUUCAUGUCGAUAUGCAGCCGAUGGAUUGCCUCAAGUCCAUCUCUCUUCCUUGAACCGGGCCAAAAUUGCUCUGAACAAGAUAGCCUCCAAUGCUCCCAUCGAGCCGCCAAAGCCCGCGGCUCCUUUGCCAGCAAAGAGCAUCCCGUUCCGAGAACGGUCCUCGGUAUCAGAACGCUCCUCAUCCUCAAGUCCUGUCAAGUCAGCUACUUCGAGGGAGUCUGUGACACAAUUUUGUUUGUGCCAGCCGGACCCGAAAAUCCCAAGACCUCGAAAUGCUUUCAUCCUGUAUCGUCAGCACUAUCAAGCGGCGGUGGUCGCGCAGAAUCCGGGUCUUGCUAACCCCGAUAUAUCAAAGAUUAUCGGCGAGCAGUGGAGACGGCUUCCUCAAGAGACAAAGGAUGAAUGGAAAGCCUUAGCAGAGGAAGAGAAGGCUCGGCAUCAGCAGCAGUAUCCUGAGUAUCGGUAUCAGCCUCGGCGUUAUGGCAGGGACGGAAACCCCCGGGGUUCGAGUUCCGGCAUCAGCCAUAACCCUCCGGGCUCUACUGUUUGUAGUCGGUGUGGGGGGCGUGUGAUGAAUCCACCAGUAUCACCUGAGGCCCCUUUCAAUCCGAAUGGCUCUUCCCAUGGGAAUGGAGCCUCAUUACAGCACGACACGAUCACAGGGCGCAGUUAUCCGUGCCGGGCUAAAGACUCGGACCGACCCUCGAACCCUAUCAAGAUGGGGAGCAAUGGCGACUCUCUCCCACCACGGCAACGCCAAUGGGAAGAGACUGUGAAUGGGUCCCCAGACUCCAAGCGUCGCCGGAUCAGCACACAGCUGCCAAGCAAAGCAAGUAUUCACCGAGACAGAAGCCCGGAUGGCUCAUACCCAAUAUCAUCAUAUACCACUCGCCCAGAGGCACCGGGCUCUCGUGGAUCAUUCCACAUGUUGCAGCCUCCACGACCUUACCGGGGUGUUCAGGAUUACCCCCAACCUGACCCCAGUCUAAAGCUCCCACCGCUACAGACAACUGCACCUGUCUCCAGCUCUGCGACUCCAGUGACUCAAUAUGGUCAGGAAGGCUCCAGUUUGGAGGCUACAGUGAUGACUAUCCCAUUCCUUAACAAGAUCAAGGUACUCGCUAAGAUCUCUCCACCGCUCCUCCCCUCUUUCCGUGAUGGAGCCUCACGAAGACGAGGAGCCGUGGUAUCAGUUGACGGCCAAGACCCUGUCGCUGUGAAGUCAGUAAUUGACUUUCUUAACAAUACGAUGGAGAAGGAAGGAAAAUACCACACCCACAUUUUUGAAGGACCCGAUAUCCGUCUGCGGGAAGGUUACUCUGAAUCUGGCCAGAUGGGUGAUGCUACUGUUGAUUAUCUGAACACUAUCUCAGCCUGGCACCGCAUUUCCGAUGAAAUCGUGGGCUUCGUCAAACCCUCGUAUGGGUCGUUGGAACCGAAAUCGGUGGAUGAAGACAGCUCAACACCAGGAGCGUCGCCCAAAGGCUCUAUUUCUAAAGGAGCCGAAAUACAUAUCAGUUCACCGGCACAGUCGAGUGAGAAUGGAUCUGUAUCAUAUUCAUCGUCUUCAGGAUCAGCACCCUCUACUGUACCUGUGGCCCUGGUUCCUAGGUACCAGCUUACCACAGCCGACGCCUUCGCUUGCUCCGUGCCUAUCGGAGACUCUUACGCGCCACUGGAUCAUUGGCAGUGGAUGGCAUCUCUCUGGCGGGCCUGUGUAGGCCCAGAUAUCACAGUAUAUGUUCGGGAAUGCGAGAAAGACGAAUUAGAUCGAUUUGGGGGGAACCCCGUUGAAGUUCGCUUGCAUGACGCGCGAACUAUAGUGGUACGGAGAGCAGCUGGUUCUCCAAGGGAACUAGAAGAGAAGACUUUAAAACGCGUGGGAUUUGAAAUUGAGGACUACCUCACCCAAUGA